AGAACUGUUCAGAAUUAACAUCAGUGUUAACUCUACCAGUUGCCUCAACGAUUUUGUUGAAAACUUUGACAAUCAAAAGAUGUCGUCAACUGAAGUGUAUUGUAGUAGAUGAAGGAGAUGCUCAAGUUUCCACAAAUAGUCCCUCUGCCUCCGAGGUGUACCGAAUCUCGUCAGCUUGUGUCCAGAAAAUUAUUGUUUAAGAGGACUGCCUCGGGGUUCAUUGAAUUGGAAAUUCCUCGUACUAUUAGAUCUUUUACUGAUUUCUUGGUUUGCGUCAGUGCAAGACAGCAGAGUUCCAAAACCAUAGAGGUAAUUGAGAUGCAUUUGCAUGAUUUGGAAUCUCUUGUAAUAAAAAACUCUAGAAUAGAAGAAAUUUUUAACUUGAUGAAUCUGAAUGUAAAGAAAAUUGAAAGAGGAAUUGAACCAUGGGCAUUAAGCUUGCGAUCCUUGUGGUUAGAAGGUCUAAGUGAGUUGAGGAAUAUAUGCGUGGACCCCAAGCAUAUCCUGAGGCUUAAUAAUCUCUCCUGUUUGAAAAUCAUAGGGUGCCGUAAGCUUGAAGUUGUCUUCUCUGCCUCUACAUUGAGAAUCCUGCCAAAGUUAGAGGAACUAACUAUCUCAGAAUGUGGAGAAUUAGUCCAGAUCAUUGAAGAGGAGAAUGAAGAAAGUGCUCGAGAUCAUUUGCGUCAUGAACCAUACUUUCCAAAGUUAUCUGAACUAACUGUUGAGGGCUGUCAUAGGUUGAAAUAUUUGUUCUCUCUCACAGUAUCUGGUAUCCUUCCAAAACCACACGAAUUAUGUGUAAGAGAUGCCUCCACCCUUGAGCAUGUAUUGAUCAGACCAGAUGAACCGAAAGAAAUGGCAAUGGAGGAUGUGCUACCAAAUCUUAGAAGAGUGACACUAAAGAGAAAUCAAAGCCUCAUUAGCAUCUGCCACGGGAUUGAUUUUCAAACAUUGGAAGAAUCUUCUGAAGUGGAUGAUUGUCCUAAAUUUUCUUUUCAUGAAACAACUGCUAAUCAGCUUCAAGUUGGCCCUACAAAUCUAGAUUUUGAACGUAAAGCAGAAGCCGAGAAAACUCUUUCUUCACUUCUAAGUACUAAUCAAUCAUACAUGGGAGAAACCAAAGGGAGGCCAAACUUGGAAACCCAACAGUCCCCACUUAGUUCACCAACCUUUUCAAGGGGCGCCAAGGAAGGAACAAAGGAAAUUGUUGAAGAGGAUGUUAUCUCGGAGAUAACUGAUACACAUAAUGCAUCUCUAAAAGAUAACCUGGUUUGUAAAGAAGAGCAAAACGGAAAAUUCAUGAUAGAUCCACAACAACCCACAAAUGGUGAACCAUACUUGGCAAAAACUAGUAAAGAAGUACGGUUGACAACUAUUCUAGGAGGUCCUGAUUCAAAGAAAAUUGAAACAAGAAAUCAAUUAACAGAUUCGAAGAUUGCUGAAGAAAGAGUUGAAGAAGGUGAUUCAUCAGAGACCUUACAUCCAAGCUACUUAAAGAAGGUUUCCAUUCCUACGAGUUCAAACCUCACUAACCUUCCUGUUGGAGAUAUCACUGGUACAACUAUAACAAUUUUGGAAGAGGAAGAGCAAGGGGAAGAGGAAGGUGACCCUUCUAUGCCACUCGCAUCAAAUAUUUCAAGAGAGCAAACUUCUGAGGCAACGAGUCCAAAGCAAAUCCCUUUGUCCAUUGUCUCAGAGUCUUCUUAUGGAAAAAACAUCCACGACAAUGUUGGAACUAGUAACCAACGUUCGCAUGAAGCUUUGGAUGCUAUUGAAGUUUCUAGUAAACAUGCAGUCAAACAUGAAUCCGCAGAGAUUAAUGUGCCAUCUUUUAAUGAGACAAGUAAUGCUUCGAGUGUUCAUGGGUUGCAAGAGAUAGUUGAUACGAUGAAAUUGGACAGCGUUGAAGCUUCCAUUUUGGCAGAAGCAUUCGAGACUCACCCACAACUACGUCUUUCUAAGGAGGAUCGAAGCACUCAGUUGUUGUGUGACUCUUAUAGGGUGUUGUUGGAUAUUUUGAACAUUUUGGCCACAAGGACUCCCUUCACAAUCACCAAGGAAGACAAGAAAUCAUUAGUAGAAAAUUUAAAGGAUGCUUUAGUUCUAGGUUUUGACAGGGAAUGGCUUGAGUCCGUGAAAAACAAUGUUUUCAAUUGUGAUGUAUCUGAAGUUCGCCACAUGCAAGAAGUUCUAAAGAGCUUCGAAGAUAAGCUAGAGACUAACAAGACUGAACUUGCACUAGUUUGUGAUCAAGAAGAUGAAGCUGCAAGGAGAGUAGAGGUGGCUCAGAAAGAGUUAGAGGCAGUUAGGGCACGUCAUUAUCAACUUUCAAAGGAACGCCAAGACCUCCAAAAUCAACGAGAUCAAUGUCGGGAAACAUUCGCUGCUAAAUUUAGAAGUUUUGGCUUUUAACAUGGAUAUCAUGUGGACUUCAUAAUUGGCCUUUCAAUUGUUCUUAUAGUUUUACUUUUGUUUUGAAAAUAAACAGUUAUGGACUUCAUAACCUGUGUUAAGAAUUGUUGAAGUUGCAUCAUGUACAAGGCCCUGACACUCCCUCUUGUUAGAAAUAAUGGAGCAUAAGGGCCAUAAUGCAUAACAGUAGACUUGUAGUCAUUGGACAAGUAUUGUUUUUCUAGUUCAAGAAAAAUGAGCUUAGUGAGAUGGUCUCACUGAAGACUCAUACUCUGUUAUUUACAGCAGAAGCACGUCUAUUUACAGCUGGCAUAUAAUAGAUGGUAGAUGAGAAGAUAAUAACAAUCUUAUACAUGGAUGUCGACAAUUUGAAUGUAAUGUAAAGAAAGACUGUAAGAUUUAGUUGAUUGAAAUGAGGUUAGAUCUCGUGACUUCGGACU